AGAUCGAGUGUUGGUUGGUCGAAGUGUCUGAAUGUCACUGAGAAGUGCCCCACUCGCUAUGUAGCGAAUGUGAAUACUCGAGUCCCCAACGUUGGCUAUGCAUGGACUCGAUACCGGUGACCACCCAACCGUCGCUUCGAUCGAAUCAGCGAAUUGCAUGCUUCCUUCUGCUGCAUUCAAGAUAGUUCGUGACGAUCCGGGGAAAUAUAUAGCGCCCACCAGAGAGUAACAACAGGAGAAAUGAAUACAGCGGCCUGGAAUGGCCUGUCAUUGAAUUGAGCAAUGUAACUGGUAUCACGAUUGCGAUGCGCGAACACGAGGUGACAAACAGCCACGGGUAGGUUCGUUAGAACAUAAGACAGUGGCAAGUGAGUAGGGCACUUCCCCCCCCCUCCUUGGUCUAUAGUGCCGCCGGUGUCAAACUCUGUUGUCGUCUCGGCUCACCUCUCAACCAAGAUGAUAGAGCUCAACGCAUCCGAGCAGAGUAUUGAGAAGGUCACUGUUUACAAUGACCGCGCCACCGUCCAACGGAGGUUUCAAGUCGACCUCAAGUCUGGACAAAAUGAUAUUUCCAUAACUCGACUACCGGGCCUGCUCGAUCCGGACUCUAUCCGCGUUGAAACGGAGAGCGUAGAUACUUUCCAACUCUUGACCGUGCUAAACGUUGUCUCGAUGGAUCCUCGCGAGCAAACUCAGGAUUUAUCCCUGCCCGACCCGCUUUCCGAGCUAGAAGACCAACGUUCUGCCCUUUCGAAUCAUCUCAGAGCUCUUCGAGAUGCGGAGCGAAUCCUUAGCGAUUAUGCCCACAGCAUGUCAGCGAAACAUGCUACAUCCGAACAACUGGUAUCAUUCAUUGAUACACACAUAGCCCAGAACAAGAAGCUCCAUGUUUCCAUUACGGAAGCGAGGAAAGAGAUGCGUACGGUUGAGAGACGACUUUCCGAGAUGCGAUUAAAGAAUAACUCUCAGCUCGGUCGUCUGAAGUACGCCGGGGUUGAUGUGGUUCUUGACGCCAAUAAAGAUGGAAAUGCAUGGGUGAUAUUGUCAUACAUUGUGACGAACGCUUCAUGGUAUCCUGUAUAUGACAUUAGAGCCGACAUCGAUUCUCAACUUGCCUCCAAUGCGAAAAACCCUCCCACUAUGAACAUCCAUUAUCGUGCAUCUAUCUCUCAAUCCACCGGAGAGGAUUGGGAUGGUGUCACGCUCACACUGAGUACCACGUCGCCGUUGACUGGCUCGGUGAUUCCAACUUUACGACCAUGGAAUAUCGGCACAGGCUCUGACCCGCGUCUAUUUCACCCUGCCACUGUCUCAUAUGAUAGGGACAUCGAUAAGGUAUACAGCAGGAGGGAACGGCCUAGAAGCAGAAGUCCCGUUCGAAGCCGAAGACGCACUCACACGCGGACGAACUCUUCCAGAUCGCCUCGCCGCAACAGGUCCUGGAGCCCCUCCAGGAGCUGGCGACCGAAUACACCACGCGAGCCUACCGGAGAACCCCGACAUUCGUCCCGUCCACGGGUGACUGCCUGGGUUAAAGAAGGCGCCAUCGGGUCGACCUUUGAGAUAGAAAGCCCAUCCACUAUUCCAAGUGGUGGUUCGUCGCAUAGAGUGUCCAUUGCAUCGUUGGAUUUGCCAUCAACGCUAACGUGGGUGACGGUCCCAAGAAAAACGACCGCAGCAUUCCUACAAUGCAACAUCAAGAAUACAAGUCCAUACGUUCUCUUGGCAGGCCCCAGUAAUAUUUUCAUGGACGGCAAUUUUGUCUGCAAAUCCGAAUUGCCUAAUGUCAGCCCUCAAGAAGACUUCUCCUGUUCCUUGGGUGUGGAUCCAUCUCUUCGAAUCAUUUAUCAGCCUCAGAGGAGGAACGUGAGGACCCAAGGAGGCUCCUUCCUGAGCAGAACACCCAAACGCCAAAUCACUUCCGUUAAUCAACAGAUCAGGAUAAAGAACACGCGUCCUUCAGCCAUUUCACGACUUAUCGUUCGGGACCAAAUACCCAAUAGUCAAGAUUCUCGUAUCAAAGUUUCAGUGGUCAACCCUGACGAGAAGCUUAUAGGCGCACCGAGUCAGUCUUACAGCAUUCCAGGAGGCACUGGUGCCAACUCGGGGUCAACCAAUGGCCUUGAAGAGAAAUUGCAUUACACUUUGCAAAAUGGCGUUAUUGCACAGUGGGCACAAAAGCAUGAAGACGUCUCUGGGGGAUACGGAGGUGCGAAGGGGGAUGGAAUCAUCGAAUGGAUUUGCUCAGACGUCGAGGCCGUACUCGAUUUGGAACUCGAGUAUGAAGUUUCGGCUCCACAAGGAUUGGAUUGGAAAUAGUGAUCUAUUGUCGAAUCAAACAACUUCCGUCUCGAUAGCUGGAUCGUAAUGAUCAAUGGUAUUGGGUCCCCUAUGUAAUACAUCACAGAACAAACAGGAGUAGCAAGCAACAGAGAUAUUUAGUAUGCU